CACCAGCUGAGCUGCAACAACUAAUGCAAUUCAAUGCAACUCAUCCAUCUAUCCACACGUGCACACGCUUAUCGCUUUUGAUUUCCUUUAAAACUGGUUUAUAUUCCUUUUUUCACCAGUGGAUCGUUAAGAUAUCAACUUAUUGCAUGCAGAAAAGAGCUUGAUGUUCUUAAGCAUCGAUGCAUUGGGGAAAUUUAAGACCCAUGGCAAAGUGGUUUAGAGAUCACCUGAGUCUUGGCAGCAGGAAAGGACCACCACAGCCCCCGAAACCAGACUACACCGAAAGUGAGAUCCUACGGGCCUACAGGGCUCAGAAAGACCUGGACUUUGAAGACCCCUACGAACCCUCUGAGAACCGGGUGCAGAACGGGUCAGGGACGAUCGAAACGUUCCCCGCCUUUGGCACGGGGCUGUCCAAUGACGUGGAGGGGAAGAUUGCGUCUCCCAAACACAGACUUGUAAAAGUGGAAUCUCAAGAAUUCGGGCGUAGCCAGAUUCCGUUGAACAUUGUGACCUUUGAGGAACCACAGACUCCUGUAGUUCCCUCGGCUCCUGUGGUGGGUGACACCGAUUACUCGGACCCGUUUGACGCCAGGCCAGAUCCGCGGCCUAGGACCGGCUGGGAACACAACGGUGUAGAAACCUGCAAUAGUUACAUGGAGCCGUUUGAGGCCCAGCGAUUCGUAAACGAGCUGCAGCACAGCACAGAUCGGGGCAGGAGCACCCUACAGCUCUACGACAGCCCGUAUGAUGAGAGAGUUCAGCCCCAGGCAGCACCUGAGGACGAUGAGAUGGAGAGACGUCUGCCCCAGGAUGAUGAGAGGCCUGCGGAUGAGUACGACCAGCCCUGGGAGUGGAAGAAAGAGAAUAUCUCCAAAGCCUUUGCUGUGACGUUUGAUGUGGGCGACUGGGAUCCAUCCACAUUGCCCCUUGACGAGCCACAGGGGAAAGCUGGAACAUUCAGAACCAGCCCUCCAUCCAGUGGGGCGACCAGCCUGCGUAAGCCCAGCAACCCUCAAUCAAUCCUGGGUGAGAGGGUGGACCCCACACUGCCCCUCGAAAAACAGGUGUGGUACCACGGUGCAUUGUCGCGCUCUGAAGCCGAGUCGUUGCUCACGCUGUGUAAGGAGUGCAGUUAUCUGGUGAGAAAAAGCCAAACCAGCCAGAACGACUAUUCACUCUCUCUCAGGAGUUGUCAUGGAUUCAUGCACAUGAAGUUCUCACAAUCUCGUGAUGGGAAGUUCAUCCUGGGCGAGAACAGUCCUCCGUUUGUCUCUAUUCCUGAAGUCAUUCAUUACUACACCACACACAAACUACCCAUCCGUGGAGCUGAACACCUGUCGCUGCUCUACCCUGUACUGGUGCAAACACUCUGAGAACACACACAUUUAUCGCAUGCUCACACACACACACUCUCACUCAGGGCUUAACUCACAUGGCUACUAUAACGCUUUGUUUUCAGUCAAAUUUUGAAUCUGUGUGUUUGGAGUUUUUGAGCAAAAAGAUCACACUACAUGUGUCCCUCUGUGCCGUUGGACUCUGAAGUGUUUUCGUAUCACACUGGGAACCACAAUAUUAUAUAAUUUGUUCUGCUCUAAAAGCUUCAAAUUAUAUAUUUAAGAUUUGAGGAUAAAAUGUAGACUAACCAAAGUAUUUAUAAUGAUUUUAGAAACACUAAAGCAAUGAUGUACAGAACAAAUAACAUCCUAUGUGACUAGGCUUUCGUUUUAGAUUAAGCUCAUAUCUACGCAAAUUGAGAGACUUCUACCCUGCAUGCUCUUUUCAAACCCGUAUUAUUUUCUUUCUUAGUGAAACACUAAAUGAGACAUUUUAUUCAUGCACAAUAUUCACUGCUUUUUUCCAUACAAUCCAAAUGGGAUUUGAGAGCUGUGACAAAGAGGAAGAUUAUCAUUGAAUAACUAUGUAAAUUUCAGUCUAGUCCUCACACAAAGUCAUACAGACCAUCUGAAUGAUGCUCUCUUGACCGCCAUGGUCACCAUCCACUUUCAUUUCAUGGAAAAGAGCAGCAUCAGCAUUCUUCAAAAUGUCUCCUUUUGGAAGAUAGAAAGUUACACGGGUUAGAAACAACAUGACAGUGUCAUACUUUUGGACGUUAUUGAAAUAAAAGGAAUAGUUUGCCCAAAAAGGACAAUUCUGUCAGUUUAAAAUGAAGGCUGCUCUUUAGCAAGCUCUUAACAUCCCUGCGACAGGAAGUAGAGGCGAUGAAUCAGAGAUAUAUGACGCAAGGAAGUUUAGACAUGAUACUGGAAUGUUCAGAAUGUGACUUUCACUUUUCCGGAUGGCCAUGUGUGUGCAGAACCUUGUUUUGGUCCUUCUUUGCCACCCUUAAGUGAGAAACAAGGGCCACUGAUUAUGAUGGAAACAGGAAGUGUUGUCAUUCCACCAUCUUCUACAUGCCUCAGUGCUUCAAACUUAUAACAUGACAGGAAACUGUCGUUACCGUGGCUUUUCGCUUCAAUUAAGGCAGCUGUCACAUUAUUUCCCAUCAUUUUACUCUACCAGCUACUGUUUGGUGCCCUUGGGUCCCUGAUAUAUUUAAGGACUACUAAGCAAUGCUUCUUUAGAUAUCUAUAUGAACCAUCACUUUUGAGUUUUUUAGUUUAACGUGACAUUUGAAAUGGGGUCCCUUUGACUGUCCCUCUGAAUUAAAAGCCACUUCUUGUAAAUGGAGAUAAAGCUCUAGUAUUUUCCUCUUAAAGGAACAGUGCACCCAAAAUUGGACAAUUCUGUCAUUUACUCAUCCUCAUGUUGUUCCAAACUGUUGGCUGUCAAGCUCCAAAAUGUGCCAUAAAUGUUGUUCAUUAUACUCAAAUGCUAUAUUUCAAGACUUCUGAAGUUAUAUAAAAGCUUUGUUUGAGUAACAGACUGGAAUUUAAGAGAUUAGUCAUUAAAAAUGUUGCGUAUAGCCGGUGUUUGAGUACAGAAUUCUACGCAGUACUACGCAGAUAACAACCAAUGAUGUGUACAUGCCAUUUCUGAAUCUGGAAGUAUACGCGGGCUGUUAGAUUUCAGUCUGUUCCUCACUGUUCCUCCUUUAUGGAGCUUUACAGCCGUUGGUCUCUAUAAACUGUCGUUUUAUGGCAAAAAAGAUUUCUUAAACUAAUUUUGUGUUGCCAAGUGAAAAUAACAGCAUAUGGGUUUGGAAUAACAUGAGGGGAAGUAUUUCUAUAAGGAAGACUUGCAGACUUCUGUUUGAUUUAAGAUGACAUUUAUUUGAUGAAUAUAAAACAGAAAAGUAAUGUCUCUCUUUGGCACAAGCCCCGUUUGGCGGUCCGAAGAAGUUGUACUCCGAACCGUCAUAUCUUGACGGAGAUAGGAGGCAGGGGCGAGGAGCCUACUCCCAUGCAGGACAGGACUCAACUGGGGGUGGUGGGGUGGUGGAGGUUGCCGUGUUCGCACACUGAAACAGCAAUGUGAUAGAUUGUGAGCAGACUUAUAAAGCAACAGUUUACAUGUGAUUGGCUGGGAAUUACCCAGCUAAUGGUGUGAUGAUGUACAGCUGCUUACAUUGUUGGGUGAACUUUCCCUUUAAGAAACACAAUACUAUUGGUAACCUCACUGUAUUUUGAAUAGCUUUGAUUUUGACCGGCAAAAAGCCGAAAUGUUUUUUGUUGACGGUUUACUUGUGUACAAUAUGUAUAUCCUCAGGCAGAGCAAAGGCUGAUGGGAAUCUGACCGUGCACACACACACACACACACACACACACACACACUACUACACAUGGUAUGUACUAAUAUAGACAUCCACACGGUAGUUAUAGUUUGUUAUGAUGACUGUACUUUUAACUCUUGAGUUCUUGUUUUCUGUUUGCUGUUUUCCAGCUUUUCAUUUCCUUGGAAUAAAGUAU